CGUUAUUCGUGUGAUGCCCAACACACCCUGUCUUGUUGGCGAAACUGCUGCAGCCAUGAGCUUGGGAAAGCAUGCGACAAAAGAAGAUGCAGAUUGUGUCCGGAAGUUGAUGGAGUCCGUUGGCAAGAUCUACACCGUCGAGGAGAGGCUGCUGGAUGCUGUAACUGGUCUGAGUGGAAGUGGUCCAGCUUAUGUAUUUGUGAUGAUUGAGGCCCUGGCUGAUGGAGGGGUGAUGGCUGGCCUACCACGGGACAUUGCGUUGGACGACGAUCGCCGCUAUUCGAGAGAUGGAGAAGGGGGCCUUCAGAGGGACUGUCAUGGAUGCGGUACUGGCGUCAGCAAGGAAGUCGAAAGAGAUGUCGGAGUCUAAAUAGCUCCACUCGUGAAUCGAAGCGCCUUUGCACCAAGCACUACAAUAUGGCAUAUAUAUUAUAUACAUUAUAGAAUUCGUCGAGUUUUUUCUUGAACGUUAAAACCCAAAAAAAAUUGUUGCGAGGCUACGGCCUUCACAACAACAAUUGCAGAGUGGUUCGUAGCAAUGCGAAAUUCUUGAUUCCCUUACGGUCCUUCUCGCACCAAUCGGAGAGUUGUUGUUCGCAACAAUAUAAAAUUGUUGAUUGCCUUCCACAAUGCUUCUCUCAUCCUGCCCUGUCUUUUUUUUUGUUUUUUCCCCCUCUCUUAAAGGCUCUUUCCUUUUCUAUUUUUUAACUAGCCGCUCUUUUUUUAUCCCCCCCCCCUCGCCCCGCCCCAUCCUCUCCUUGCACAACCCUUCUUCUUUUUUGAACUAGCCUUUUUUUAAGUCGUUUAGACUCAUUUUCCUCUUCCUUUUGUGAAGUUGCGCCCGCCCCCCUCCCCCCUCCUUCCCUCUCUUUCCUUCUUUUCUUUUCGUUUUCAAACUUCUCUUUUCUUCUUGUUGAUUACUUUUUACACCCCUCGUCCCAUCCUGCCUUUGUUUUUUUCCCUUCCUGCACCUCUUUCCUUUGUAUGCUUCUUCUUCUUGUUCUUCUUCGUCUUCUUCUUCUUCAGCGUCAGCGCACAGAUCAUUAAGAAAGAGUGAGCUGUUAUUAACACAUUAUAAAGUUGAUGAUUCCACCAAGAAUUUGAUUUCCUGGCUGCGCUAAUUCCAUGCGAAUUA